UGAAUGUAUAUUGAUCCUGCAGAUACUAAAGCAUGGGCUCAAGAAAUGAAAGAGUAUCUCAACAAUCAUUUCAAAUAGGUAUUAAGUCAACCGGAAACAACCAAUUGAGUUUACCAAGCCCAAAUUCUUUACUCAGAAGGAAAUGAAAUUGAAAUAAACUGAGUUCAAUCCAGUGUUGUAAACUUACCAAAGUGCUGAAAGAGAUGUGAAAGAAAAGGAGAAGGAUUAUCAAAAGACAUCCACUUUGGCAUAAAAGAAAAUGGUAAUCGCAUUAAUAGAUAGCUCUCUAGGAAAUGGUCAAGAAAUAUUUACAUGAAUACGAUUUAGUUAAUCUUGAACAAGUCCCAGGAAUAGAAAGACCUGAUGAAAGGGAGAAAACCAAAUAAUGUCUUGUAAUUUUAUGUCCUCAUCCAUAGUUACCUCCCAAUUUUAAUGAUUAUAAUAUUAUUACCAAUGAGAAAAAAAGCGAAGAACAUUACAAAAAUAUGAAAGUAGUUGUUUAGAAGAAGGUUUAUGAAAAGCCUGUUAUCAAUAGGAAUAAGAGGGAUUUCAAUAUUGUUACCAACUAGUAAAAAUAAUUCUAUACUUAGAUUUCUUGAAAAUCAUGAAUCCAAACAAUCCGAGAAGGAUCAAGCCACAAUCAAUGGCAUUAAUGAAAAAUGCAAGAAAGUUCGAAAUUACGAUAUUGUUUAAGGAGCCUACUAUGAUGAAGAGAAGGAAGAACAAUAUUAAUAGUAUAUUAUCCCAUAAAACUGAGGAAAUUAAAAUAGGAUCAACAAUAGCAUGGCAAACAUUUUAAUGAUAGGUUCCCUCCCUCUUGGAAAUUCAGAGAGUCUGUAUAUUUGGAUCAAACUAAAGACAUCCCUGAAGAAAUUAAAAUGAUUGAUGAAAUCAAUAGAAACCACAAAAAAAGAUUCGAAAUUAGACAUGUCUUAGAAAAUGAAUACAGAGAAAAAGAUGUUUAAGAUCAAUUGAGAACUCAAGAUAGACUAAUCAAAAGACAUAAAUAUGAUGAUAUGAUCAAAAAUUAUGACAAAGGUAAUUGUGUAAAUUUAAUUACAUCUAGAAUUUGACAUCUUAACCCUAUAAAAACCAGAAAUCGAUCACAUAAUUAAAGCCUUACCUCCAAAACCCCCUCUCAAUUCCUGGGACAAAGUGUAAAUGACUAAAUCUCCCUCUGAUGCUCCAUUAAGAGAAAUCAGCAUCCCUGAUGGCAUUGAAUUUUAAGAUCGUGGAAAUUCUCUUUAAGACACUUAGAGUAGAGUAAGAUUCCCUUAAGUUUUGAGAUAACAAAGUGAAAAAUCACAGAAAUCUGCUCCAAAAUCACAAAAAUCUGUUAUACAAUCUUAAAAGUCUAAUCCAGGCCAAACAGAAAUUAAGUCAGGAGGUUUUUUCUGAAUUACA